AUGGCCGAGGGUUACGACACAACUCGUUUUCAUUCAACUAUUGACGAGGGCUUUGUUUGCUGUAUCUGUCUCGGUGUCUUACAAGAUCCAAAGCAAUGUGAGAACAACGAGCACUAUUUCUGUUCUGGUUGUAUCAAGAAACACCUGGAGAAGACCUCGCAUACUUGUCCUGUCUGUCAAGAUAAACUGACGGUAGAGACAUUGCGUAAGGCUCCAAGAAUUGUGGCCGACUGUGUUUCACGUUACAAGAUCAGUUGUGACCAUGCAGCGAGAGGCUGUGAUGCGGUUCUCGAGCUUGGAGCUCUACAGGCACACGUUCAGGACUGUGAUUUCAUGCCUGUCACUUGCUCAAAUGAAGGUUGUGACGAAGUCCUGAGCAAACGCGAUGUAAAGCAACACGAGCUUGAUUUAUGUCGCUUCAAGAUAACGACCUGUGACGACUGUGGAGAAAAGAUGCCUCGUCAUAAAUUUGGCGCCCAUGGCUGCGUGCUACGACGUGAAAUGGACGAAGUAAAAAAGGAUCUAGCAGAAAUGAAAGCCAUGCAACAUGAAAUGAUGACGUGCAUGCAACGAGUAAUGAUUGCGGUUGAAAGUCUUCAAAAGUCUGCAAACUUCAAGAAUACUGAAAUUGCUGUCAUCGCAGGUUGGAAUCUCAACACAAAGAAGUGCCUUUCUUCUGUUGAGCGAUUUAACUUGUUAAACCAAACCUGGACACAACUGCCUUGUUUGAAAAUAGCUCGAUCGGAUUCUGCAGCCGUGAUGUUUAAGAAUCAAAUGUUUGUUUGUGGCGGGGUCAACGACUCUGGUGCGCUUCUGGAUAGCAUCGAAGUAUUAGAUCUGAAUGGUAAUCCUCCAGAAUGGGACAAGUUUUUUGUCAAUCUUCCUAUCAAGGUCUCUGCUCACAAGUGCGUCGUUCAUGUGAAUAGUUUGCUGAUUAUUGGUGGCGAAACGAAGCCAGGCGAGACUCUGGAUACGAUAUACGAGCUUCUCCUUGUUCCUCCGUAUUCAUCCAAGUUGCUUUGUCACAUGAAGAAGAAACGAGCGUUCCAUGGAGUGGAGUUUUUCAAUGAUAAAGUGUUGAUCGCUGGUGGAGUUGGAGCGGAAACCGAUGUGGAAAUAUUCGACAUAGCAAGAAACGAAUGUGUUCAAAUGCCACCACUGCCAUCGCCUGUUCGCUGUAUGGGCACAGUUCGGCGUGCUGAUACGAUGCUUUUGAUUGGAGGUAUGGAGAACAAUAAAGCCAGCAAAAAGAUUAUCGAGUACGAUUUCAAAACUGGCCAGAGUAAGGUGCUAUUGGCCAUGAAAAUGGGACGAACUGACUGUUCGUGUGUUUAUCGUGGAAACACGCUUGUUGUAAUUUCUGCAGGUGUAGUGGAUUGUUUCAACUUUUUAUCAAAUUAUUGGAAGAGUUUACCUUCAAUGGGUGAGACAAGGGCAUUCGCUUCUGCAGUUGUUGUGAAUAAGAAAAAUUUGGAAUUUUGA